GCCAUGAAGUUUUUCCUCCAAUAUGUGGGCUUCUUUUGUGCUUUUUUCUCUGCUGCGUUUUUGAUAAUAUCUACCUGGACAGACUGCUGGAUGGUGAAUGCUGAUGACUCACUGGAGGUGAGUACAAAAUGCCGUGGCCUGUGGUGGGAAUGUGUCACAAACGUUUUUGAUGGGAUCCAAACUUGUGAUGAGUACGACUCCAUCUACGCCGAGCAUUCUGUGAAGCUGGUGCUGACCCGAGCCAUGAUGAUAACAGCAGACCUCCUGUCAGGAUUUGGAUUUCUCUUCCUGGUCCUGGGACUGGACUGUGUGAAAUUCCUUCCCGACGAGCCGCUCAUCAAGUUGCGCAUCUGCCUGGUGGCUGGGGUUAUGUUGCUCCUUGCAGGUCUCCCUGGCAUCACGGGCUCCGUGUGGUACGCCGUGGAUGUCUACGUGGAGCGCUCCUCCCUGCUCUUCCACAACAUCUUCCUGGGCAUCCAGUACAAGUUUGGUUGGUCCUGCUGGCUUGGCAUGGCGGGGUCACUUGGCUGCUUCUUGUCCGGGUCCCUGCUCACCUGCUGCAUGUAUCUCUUCAGAGAGACCAGUUCUGGAAGAUUCCAUUCUGCCUACUCCUUGAGGAAAGGCUAUUCCUCAGCUGCCACCUUGGUAACAAACGUGCAUUUGCCAUCCUCGCAGACAGCCACCUCCAAAAUGUAUGCGGUGGACACAAGGGUGUGA